AUGGCAACAAACUAUGAUAUCACAUCCUCGAAAUCCUUCAUGAUUGCAAUGCAAUCUAUGGUGGAAAUGGUGGAUGAUUUUAAUUUCGAUAGGUCUAAAGUAUUAGUGCCUAAAAUUGACGAUGAAGUAAACAGUGAAGACGGCUCUGAAUCUUCAGUGACAACCACAUUAAUUCAAGAUCGUAAUGAAUGGGAUGAUAUAUUUGAUGAUUUGAAGGAUGUUUCAUUUGAUGAUUUAACUAAUAUGAUAAAUAAUUCAUCAAUCAGUAAAAGGAAUUCAAAAAAGAAAAACUCUACAGUUUUAUUUAAAAAAUUCUUUCGUUUGCUAUCUAUGUGUUCUACAAGUAUUGAUUUGGAUACUUUGAUUCAAUCAAUCAUCAAUUUAAUUUAUUCAUUUGAAAAAGGUGAUUUGGCAAAGGAAUUAUUGAGUUUAAUUGGUGCUGAAAAUAUAGAAUUGAUAUCUUUCUUGUUAGAAAAUAGAAAUGCUCUAAUUAAAAAGCCUAAGACGACUAUAUUGGAGAUUUUAACACAGUUUCAAAUGGAAUCGGAGUAUAUGUCACAGGAUGAGAUGAGUGAGCAAGUUUAUCAAAAUGCUCAAAGAGCCAAAAAUACCGAUAAUUUAAAACAGUCAGUAAGACAAGUUAGGUAUCCUCAUGUAUUUAGACAAUACGAAUCAGAUAGUACUUCUGCUAUUUCAUUUUCAGGUCAGAAAUUUAGUUUACCGAUUGGAACAACAAGAAACUCUUAUCAAACACAUGAAGAAUUGAUUAUACCUGCAGCUGAUCCUUCGGUCAACAAAAAAUCGUUCAUUAAGAAACUGUUAAAAAUAAAUGAGCUGGACGUAUUUUGUCAGGCAGUUUUUAAUUAUGAAACGUUAAACAAAAUUCAAUCCUUAGUGUACCCGGUUGCUUAUAAUACGAACGAAAAUAUGCUAAUUUGUGCUCCAACUGGUGCAGGUAAAACUGAUAUUGCGUUAUUAACAAUUCUAAAUACAAUAAAGUCAUAUUCUAAUGUUAACAAUAAUAAUGAGAUAGAGAUAAAUUAUGAUGAUUUCAAAAUUAUAUAUGUUGCUCCAUUAAAAGCUUUGGCAGCUGAAAUUGUUGAGAAAUUUAGCAAGAAAUUAAAAGUGUUUGAUGUUAAAGUACGUGAAUUAACUGGUGAUAUGCAAUUAACGAAAGCUGAAAUUAUAGAAACUCAAGUUAUAGUCACAACACCAGAAAAGUGGGACGUUGUUACUCGUAAAGCAAAUGGUGAUAAUGACCUAGUAUCAAAAGUUAAGCUCCUGAUUAUUGACGAAGUUCAUUUAUUGCAUGAAGAUAGAGGUUCUGUUAUUGAAACGUUGGUUGCUCGUACUUUAAGACAGGUGGAAAGUUCUCAAUCAAUGAUUAGAAUAUUAGGUCUUUCUGCUACAUUACCAAAUUUUAUGGAUGUAGCAGAUUUUUUGGGAGUAAAUAGGCAGGUUGGUAUGUUUUAUUUUGACCAAUCAUUUAGACCAAAACCUUUAGAGCAACAAUUACUAGGUUGCAGAGGUAAAGCUGGUAGUAAACAAAAUAGAGAAAAUAUUGAUAAAACAGCCUACGAUAAAUUAAUAGAGAUGGUCCAGCGUGGCUAUCAAGUAAUGGUAUUCGUCCAUGCAAGGAAGGAAACUGUGAAAACUGCUCGUACAUUUAUUCAGAUGGCGCAAUCUAAUCAAGAUCUGGAUUUUUUAAUGCCUGAUCCAUCUCUUAAAGACAAGUUUUCUAAAGAAUUGGGUAAAAAUAGGGAUAAAGAUAUGAAAGAAAUUGUCCAAUUUGGUUUUGGUUGCCAUCAUGCGGGUAUGGCUAGAACUGACCGUAAUUUAAUCGAAAAAAUGUUUAAAGAUGGCGCUAUUAGAGUAUUAUGUUGCACUGCUACAUUGGCAUGGGGUGUUAACUUGCCAGCAGAUUGUGUUAUUAUUAAGGGAACCCAAGUCUAUGACUCCAAAAAAGGUGGGUUUUCUGAUUUAGGUAUAUCGGAUGUUAUUCAAAUUUUUGGGCGUGCUGGUAGACCUGGUUUCGGUUCAGAACAUGGUACUGGUAUUCUCUGUACUUCAAGUGAUAAGUUAGACGAUUAUGUUUCACUAAUUACUCAGCAACAUCCUAUUGAAUCUAAAUUAGGCUCUAAAUUAGUUGAUAACUUAAACGCAGAAAUUUCUUUAGGUACUGUUACUAAUGUAGAAGAAGGUAUUAGAUGGUUAGGGUACACUUACAUGUUUGUAAGAAUGAGAAAAAAUCCAUUUACAUAUGGUAUUGACUGGGAUGAAUUGGCAAAUGAUCCUCAAUUGUAUGAAAGACGGCGUAAAAUGAUUGUAACUGCAGCAAGGCGUUUGCACAGUUUACAGAUGAUCGUAUUUGAUGAAAUAUCGAUGCAUUUCAUUCCAAAGGAUUUAGGUAGAAUAUCUUCUGAUUUUUAUUUAUUAAACCAAUCAGUUGAAAUAUUUAAUCAAAUGUGUAAUCCUCGUGCUACUGAAGCAGAUGUUUUAGCAAUGGUUUCAUUUAGUAGCGAAUUUGAUUCUAUAAAAUUUAGAGAAGAAGAAUCCAAAGAAUUGACGAGAUUAUCAGAAGAUGCCAUUCAAUGCCAAGUUGGUGGUGAAUUAGAAAGUCCACAAGGUAAAACAAACGUGUUGCUGCAAGCUUAUAUAUCUAAUGCAAGGAUAUUAGAUUCUGCAUUAGGAUCUGAUGCCAAUUAUGUCGCUCAAAAUUCCACUAGAAUAUGUCGUGCGUUAUUUCUAAUUGCAAUUAAUCGUAGAUGGGGUAAUUUGGCUAAGGUUAUGUUAGAUAUCUGUAAAUCGAUCGAAAAGAGGUUAUGGUCAUUUGAUCAUCCCUUAUGUCAAUUUGAUUUGCCAUUGUCAAUUUUAAGUCAAAUUAGAUCAAAGAAUCCAUCAAUGGAGCAUUUAAUGGAAUUAGAACCAGAUGAGCUAGGUGAAUUAGUCCAUAAUAGAGGUGCAGGUGGCAAACUAUACAAUAUUUUAUCAAGAUUCCCAAAGAUCAAUAUUGAUGCAGAAAUAUUUCCAAUUACUGCUACAGUUAUGCGUAUUCAUGUUAAUUUGACUUCUGAUUUCAGAUGGGAUGUACGUUUUCAUGGCGAGGCACAAUUUUUUUGGGUUUUAGUUGAAGAAUCAAACCAGUCUCAAGUACUUCAUUUCGAGAAAUAUAUUCUAAAUAGAAGACAACAUAAUCAAAGUCGUGAAAUGGAUUUUAUGAUUCCUUUAUCGGACCCAUUACCGCCUCAGGUUGUCAUUAAAGUGGUGUCUGAUAUUUGGAUCGGUUGUGAGUCUGUUCAAGCCAUUUCUUUCCAACACUUAAUUAGACCUCAUAAUGAAAGUUUGCAAACCAAACUUCAAAGAUUGAGACCAUUACCUAUUACAGCUUUAAAGAAUCCGCUGAUUGAAUCAAUCUACCCCUUUAAAUACUUUAAUCCAAUGCAAACAAUGACUUUCCAUACUUUAUACCACUCAAAUGAAAAUGUUUUUGUAGGUUCACCAACUGGGUCUGGUAAAACCAUUGUUGCUGAAUUAGCUAUUUGGCAUGCAUUCAAAGAGUUUCCUGGGAAAAAAGUAAUUUAUAUUGCCCCAAUGAAAGCAUUAGUUCGUGAAAGAAUUGGUGAUUGGUCUAGAAAGAUUACACCAGUAACUGGUGAUAAAGUUAUUGAGUUAACUGGUGAUUCUUUACCUGAUCCAAAAGAUGUGAGGGAUGCCUCUAUUAUCAUUACCACACCAGAGAAGUUUGAUGGUAUUUCUCGUAAUUGGCAGACACGUAAAUUUGUUCAAGAAGUUUCUUUGGUCAUUAUGGAUGAAAUCCAUUUAUUAGCAAGUGAUCGUGGUCCAAUUUUAGAAAUGAUUGUCAGUCGUAUGAACUAUAUGGCAUCAAAAAGAAAUGAGCCUGUUCGUUUAUUGGGUAUGUCUACUGCAGUAGCUAACGCAUACGAUAUGGCAGGCUGGCUGGGAGUUAAGAAUAACGGGCUAUAUAAUUUCCCAUCAAGUGUUCGUCCUGUUCCACUGAAAAUGUAUAUUGAUGGCUUCCCUGAUAAUUUAUCAUUUUGUCCAUUAAUGAAGACUAUGAAUAAGCCUUCAUUCAUGGCAAUCAAGCAGCACUCUCCUGAUAAGCCUGCAUUAGUGUUUGUUGCUUCUCGUAGACAGACCAGAUUGACUGCCUUAGACUUCAUUCAUUUGUGUGGUAUGGAAGAUAAUCCAAGAAGAUUUUUAAAUAUCGAUGACGAAGAUGAGUUGCAGUACUACAUAUCUCAAAUUUCUGAUGAAACAUUAAAAUUAUCCAUUCAGUUUGGAAUUGGCCAGCAUCAUGCAGGUUUAGUAGAGAAAGAUCGUACUAUAUCCCACCAAUUAUUUGAACAAGGCAAAAUCCAAAUUCUGGUAGCCACCUCUACAUUGGCUUGGGGUGUUAAUUUACCAGCUCAUUUAGUAGUUUUAAAAGGUACUCAAUUUUUUGAUAAAAAGAUUUGUGGUUACCGUGAUAUGGAUUUGACGGAUAUCUUACAAAUGAUGGGUAGAGCUGGGAGACCAGCUUUUGAUACUUCUGGUACCGCAAUUGUGUUCACUAGGGAAGCUAAGAAGAUGUUCUAUAAGCAUUUCAUUAAUGUUGGGUUUCCUGUCGAAUCAUCUUUGCAUAAGGUUUUAGACGACCAUUUAGGUGCUGAAAUUACGUCAGGUACAAUCAAGAACAAGCAAGAGGCUAUGGAAUUUUUGAAAUGGACUUUCCUAUUCCGUAGAGCAUAUCACAAUCCAACAUAUUAUGACGUUGAGGAUGAUACAUCAACAGCUGGUGUCAACAAAUAUCUAAGUAACUUGAUUGACAAUGCUUUAAAUAAUUUAGUUGAGUCUCAAUGUGUAGAAUUACAUGGCAAUGAUAUCGAACCAACUGCCUUUAUGGGUAUUUCUUCCUAUUAUUAUAUUACACAUAUGAAUAUUAGAAAAUUAUUGGGUCAAAUUACUGAUAAAGCUACUUUUCAUGACGUCCUAACUUGGUUAGCAGUUGCACCAGAAUAUGUUGAGUUGUCCGUUAGAGGUGGGGAAGCUAUCAUGAAUUCUGAAAUGUCUUCACAGUCGAGAUAUUCUGCAGAAAGCACAUUUGUUGGAUAUAAUGAAAUGGAUAUUGGCUCGACUCACGUAAAAGCAUUUCUAUUGUUGCAAGCUUAUUUUAGUCGGGCAGAUUUACCUAUUGCAGAUUAUAUUCAGGAUACAAUUUCUGUUUUAGACCAAGCCUUACGUAUUUUACAAGCUUAUGCAGAUGUAGCUGCAGAACUUGGCUAUUUCUCUACUGUAAUGACUAUCAUUAAAGUUAUGCAAUGUGUUAAACAGGGUUAUUGGUUUGAAGACGAUCCAGUUAGUGUUUUACCAGGAUGUCAAUUAACAAGAUUUGAAGAUAUCAAGUUUACCCCUCAAGGUUACACUGAGGAUAAAGCCAAGUUUGAUAACAAAUUAACCUUAGAUAAGAUUGGUAGAAUGCCUCAUAAUAAAUUGGUUGAAACUGCAAACCGUUUGAAUGUUGCUCAAGAAGACCGUCCAAAGUUUAUUAGUGUUGCUCAAAGACUUCCUGUUCUAACAGAUAUUAGCUUUGAAGAGCAGACUAAUAAAGAAUCAUUAGUUCUGCAAGCUAAGCAUUUUAGCCACAGAGCUAAUAGAAACUUUGAGAUAUACUGUUCUAAGUACCCAAAAACUCAAAAAGAAUUAUGGUUUUUUAUUGCGUAUGAAAAUGAUGAAUUAUUGAUGCUUAAAAGAUGUCAACCUAGAAAACAUGGUAAGGAUAUUUUUAUUACUUGUGAUUUUAUUAUCCCUGAAGAAAUCCAAGGCAAGACAUUGAAUUUUGUUUUAGUUAAUGAUGCUCUCGAUUUACAAUAUACAUUAACAAAAACUCUAUUGUAA